AUUUUUCAUUUUAUUUUGAAAGAACUCAGUUGGCUCUUUUACGUGUCGUCUGUCGGGUUUAGUUAACUUGAUAACCGUUCCCUGUUCCACCUCCAGUGAAAACACAGCUUGGUGUCAGAACCUGGGAUGGAGUCAACGGAGGUUUGUGAGAUCGAUGUGGCGACCAGAAGAAUAGUUGGAGGCAGUGACUCUCCACCAGACCUGGACAGCCCAUGUCAGGAGGAGGUUGCUGCAUUUGAUUUGGGAUUGUGUUGUGCUGUGGAGGAGAGGGGAGAGACCCCAGGAAGAGAAGACAGCCCCAGUGAACUGGGAGAUGCAGAGUUGGAUCUUGGUGUCGAUGCCAAGACAGGAGACGACAAAACCUUUGGGAAGGAGGUGGUUCUGCUGAUGCAGGCCCUUAACUCUUUGGCUACCCCCGAAGAGAAACUGGCUGCUCUGUGCAAAAAGUAUGCAGAUCUGCUGGAGGAGAGCCGCUGCAUGCAGAAGCGUCUGAAAGCCCUGCAGAAGAAGCAGUCUCAGAUUGUGAAGGAGAAGGUUCAUCUGCAAGGAGAACACAGCAAGGCCAUCCUGGCCCGCAGCAAGUUAGAGAGUCUCUGUAGGGAGCUGCAGAGGCACAACAAAUCACUGAAGGACGAGAACGCUCAGCGCUCCAGAGAGUUCGAGGAGCAGCGGAAGGAGGCAAUGAUGCACUUCCAGAUGACCUUGAGCGACAUCGAGGUGCAGAUGGAGCAGCACAGCUCCCACAACACUAAGCUGAGGCAGGAGAACAUGGAGCUGGCCGAGAAGCUGAAGAAGCUGAUUGAGCAGUAUGAGCUGAGGGAGGAGCACAUAGACAAAGUGUUCAAACACAAGGAGCUGCAGCAGCAGCUGAUGGACGCCAAGCUGCAGAGAAUCACCGAGAUGAUGAGAGAAGUGGAGGACAAGCAGCAGAGAGAGCGGGACUUUCUGCUGAAAGACGCCACGGACUCCAGACAGAAGUGUGAACUGAUGAAGGAGCAGGAAACGCAGCUCAAACAGCAGCUCUCCCUGUACAUGGACAAGUUUGAGGAGUUCCAGAGCACUCUGGCAAAAAGUAAUGAAGUCUUCACCACUUUUAGACAAGAGAUGGAAAAGAUGACCAAAAAGAUCAAAAAACUCGAGAAGGAAACGACUCAGUGGAAGACCAAGUGGGAGAGCAACAACCAGGCUCUGCUGCAGAUGGCCGAGGAGAAAACACUGCGCGACGGCCACUUCAAGGCCCUGCAGGGGAAGCUGGAGCUGCUGGAGAGGCUGUGCCGGGCUCUGCAGAAGGAGAGGAACGACCUCAACAACCGCCUCAGCCUCCUACAGGAGCAAGAAGACAAGGAGACGCCAGGUGCAGCAGACACUCCUGCAGCCCCGCAGCAGGAGCUGUCAGUGGAGGAGCAGCAGGAGCAGCAGCAGCAGCAGGGGGUGGAGGCGGGAGGAGUGGCAGAGGAGAACCCAACACAGAGUGACAGACAGGAGACGGAGAGCGUCCACCAGGCUCCCCGACCUCCAGAAGGCGACUCUUCAACGACGGCCACAGACAACACCACUACCGCUAAGACGACAACAGCCAGUCAGCCUGAAGAAACACCAACCGCACCGCAGGACUGAGCCGCCUACGCCGUGUUUGUGGGUGUGUGUGUGUAGGUGAGAUGGACACACCUCCAGCCUAGUUCCACAACUGGUGAGACGGACCGUCUUCAGUGGAGGUAUUAUACAGUAGAUUUCCUCUUUUCUCUCUUUUCUAAGCCUCCACCGGCCACAGAGUCCAGAACCUCUGUAUAAUCCGAAAAACAAGAAUGAGAACUGUCAGCUCCUAAAAAGUUACCCCCGCUCACCCCCCGUUUGCAUCGGUUCUUAGAAUCAGCUUUGUUGUGAAUGAACGCUUUCUACUCCAUUUCUACUAUACCUAUAUUUUCAUAAGAAACUUCAGUCUAAGUAAACGCAAUUUGCAAUCAUCAGUGACUCCAUCAUGUCAUCAGGUCUGACCGGGAGUUUUACAUGAAUGUUGAUGUUGCCUUGAUGUGACCUCAUCUUUGAGGCAGCCCUGUUGAAUUCUUCAGUUUAGGAAACACAUUGAACUUAAAGUCUGGUAACUUACUGAUAAUGUGUUCUGUCAUAGAUUAUAAGUUAAAUGUCGAUAUAACUGAAACCAAUACCACAAUGUAUGUGAUACUUGUGAUUAAGAUUACGUUUAUUUUUUUCUUAUUUUUUUUCCU